AUGAUGACGAGAUCGCAAACCAGUAAAGUGUUGGGGGGUAGCAAAGCGAGUAAAACACACUCGAACUCGUCCGCGUCGAGCGCCUCAACGGCCGCUCGCGUCAAAGCUGCUGAAGCAGUUCGCAAGCAACGGCUCGCGGACAUCGCUAAGAAUGAAGCAGCCGCCGCAGCCGCAGUCGCUGCAGCCGAGCGCGAGGCCGUGGAAGCCUCCUAUGAGGCGACAGUCGCGGCGCUUGAGGCGGAGGAGGUGAUGAGCGCCAGGAGCAGUCACACUGCUGACUGGGUUGCGAGUAGUGACUUUGCAGGAGCAGCAUCGAUCACAGUUGGUACGGCGGCUCCCUUGGGGAGUUUUCCGUGUGGACAGAGCGUGGGUACACCUAUAGUGCACGCUGCCCCAGCCAUGGAGCACGUGCGCGAAGCCACGCAGGGUUCACCGGAGACUGUUGCUGUUGACGCACCAGUUUUCUUACCAUGCCAGCUACACAAGGAUGAUCUGCACCUUCAGCCCCAACGUUACGGUAAUAAUACCACAUCCCCGGUAAGUGACAUUGAGAAACUUACUAAUGCCAUUGUUUCUUUAGCUAAGCCUAGUGAAAGGUCUGAGUGUAAGGUUCAGCUAUCUUCCUUUAGUGGAAAUAUGUCUGAAUGGCUAUUAUUUAAGCGUACAUUCGACGAUACUAAGGCUAGUUUCAGUGCGAACGAGAACAUAGCUAGGCUACGUAAUGCUUUGAGUGGAGAGGCUAAAGAAGCUGUUCUUUCUCUAUUGCUAUGUUCUACUGACCCCGAGCCUAUCAUGCGCUCGUUAGAGUCACGAUUUGCACGCCCCAAGCAGAUUGUUCUUAACGAACUAGCUUCAAUAAGAAGCUUGCCUAAAGUUGGGAAUUCCCACUCGUUGGCUAUUUUUGCUAGCAGAGUAAAAAACUGUGUUAGUAUAGUCAAUUUAUUAGGCGAAUCACCUUAUUUACAUUCACCGGAACUUAUUCACAUUUUAGUGUCCAAACUGAAUCCGUUGCUGCAAAAUAAGUGGUGUGACUACGCUGCAGAGCACUGCGUCUCAGGCCAGCCGCAGAUAGACAUCUUCGCGCGCUUCCUCGAGGUGGAGGCGGACAAGCAAGCCAACUUCGGCGUCUACGAAGUGUUUAACGUGCCCCCUCACGGCGACAAACCCAGGUCGCCGGGGCCGCAAUUGCCUGGAUUUUCGCAGCGUAACCCUCGUUCAUUUCACACCGCAUCAGCUCAUCAUGUCGUCUCAUCAUCUUUAGAACAACCGUUAACAGAUGUUAACAUGUCUUCGUCAUGCCUGUAUUGCUCAGUUAGUGGUCAUAAUAUUAAAUGUUGCCCGGAGUUUGUGGCUUUGAACAUUUGUGAUCGCAUAGCUUGGGUCCGCGAGAACAAACUUUGUGUCAAAUGUUUACGUAAAGGCAAGCACAACUAUAAGUUCUGCAAGACGAAGCCAUGUGGCAUCAAUGGUUGUAAACAGUUUCAUAAUAAAAUCAUUCAUUCCGAUAAUUCGAAAUUUCCAUUUCAUCCCAUUGUCAACAAUGUCACGUCUUCUGUCAUUCCCAUAGCAACGUCAACUCAUGUCAUUAGUGACAGCACUAAAAAAGAAAUCAAACCGAGAAAUAGUAAACAAGGUUUUAUGCAUACUAAUGAGGUUCUAUCACACUCAGAAAAUAAUAUCACCAGUACUUCGUAUUCAUGCGCGUCCGGCAAUGAUUUUUCUGUGCUUUUGAAAGUAUUGCCUGUGAUACUUUCUGGCCCUAAGGGCGAAGUAGAGACAUUUGCUCUUUUGGACGACGGGUCCACAGUUACCCUUCUCGAUGCGGAGUUAGCUAAUAAGCUAGGUGUUUCUGGAACUGAAGAAAAUAUGUGUAUUGAAACCAUAACAGGAACGAGCGAUAAUAUCCCUGUUAAGUUUGUAGAUUUCGAAAUACGCGGUAGAUAUUGUAAUGAAAGUUACACCGUCCGCAAAGCUCGCGCUAUUCCUCAUUUAAAACUUAGACCGCAAGAGGUCACGGUGAAGGAUACUCGCUUCCCGCACCUUUUAGACAUCGCUGCCGAGUUAGUGUUUGACAUGGCUACGCCUAAAGUAUUAAUAGGUACUUCCGAUUGGCAUCUAUUGCUAUCUAGGGAGAAUAGAGUAGGCACCGCGCCGCAGCCGGCAGCUAUUCGCACCGCCCUUGGCUGGGUUUUAUUUGGUAACCUUCCUCGAAGUUCUUUCUAUGGAAAUUCUAUUAAUCAUCUAAGUGCUGCCAGCUCUUCUGACAUUGAAUUGGAGAGUCUUAUUAAAGAUUACUAUCGGCUGGACUCUAUUGGUAUUAAACUCGAUGAAAAAGUUAGUAGGGAAGAUCAAAGAGCUUUAGAUAUUUUAAAUAAAACGACUCGUCGUUUAGAUGAUGGGAGGUUUGAAGUCGGUCUACCGUGGCGAGAAGAUGAACCUCAUAUUCCGGACAGCUAUCACCUUGCCUUGUCUAGAUUUCAAAGUUUACAGAGGAAACUAAACAAGGAUGAGGAGUACGCGCGUUUAUACAAGGUUAAUAUUGAGGCUUAUGUGGAGAAGGGUUAUGCCGAAGAAUGUCUUGACAGUCAUAAUAGUCCAAGUUCAUCUUCACGCCGUUGGUAUUUACCGCAUUUCGGGGUAACAAAUCCCAACAAGCCAGGAAAGUUGCGUAUAGUACACGAUGCAUCGGCGAAGUCAUCGGGUGUCAGUUUGAAUACUCUCAUACUUCCUGGUCCAGAUCUUCUACAAUCCUUGUUAGGUAUCCUAAUGCGAUUUCGCGAGGGUCAAAUCGCCUUAAACGGGGAUAUAAGGGAAAUGUUUCCCCAAAUUAAAAUCAGGGAGGAAGAUCGGGAUUGUCAACGCUAUAUUUGGCUCUCUCCAGAGGGUCAGCUGAAGGAAUUUCAUAUGACGUCUUUAAUAUUUGGUGCAUCAGCUUCUCCUUUCACGGCUAUUUAUAUUAAAAACAGGAAUGCAAAAGACUUCCAGGAUCAAUAUCCCGAGGCCACAAGGUCGAUUAUUCAAGAUCAUUAUAUGGACGAUUUCUUAGGUUCGGUGGAUAGUCCAGAAGAGGCUGCACGUCUCGCAGCUGACAUCCUUCAUGUUCAUGCUCAGUGUGGCUUCGAGAUGCGAUCCUGGGUGUCCAAUGAUACUGAGUGUCUUAAACACAUUCCGUCUCAUCUUUGGAAAGAGGGCACUGGUAAUGUCGACCUCAAUUUAGGCGUUUCUAAGCCUGAUGUACGCGUCUUGGGUAUGCAUUGGAACCCCCAAGAGGACACUUUUAGCUUUAAAGUUGAUGUCAAUAUACCUUUACCUUCCAAGUUCACUAAACGUCAAGUUCUUAGAGAUCUUAUGCGGAUUUAUGAUCCUUUAGGACUUCUGCAACCUAAAGUCACAAUAGGAAAGAUUUUAUUUCAAAGAACGUGGCGGAUGGUGAGCUCAUGGGAUGUUCCUCUUCCAUUUUCCGAACGUAUUCAGUGGGAAGAGUGGUACCGUGACAUUAAGUCAGUUAAUGCAUUUAAUAUACCUCGUGCGUAUAAAUCUAUUUCAACUUUCAUCUCACAAGAACUUCACGUCUUUACAGACGCUAGCGAAGUAGCUUACACAUGCGUCGCUUACUGGCGUUUUUUGUUUGAAGACGGUUCCGUUCAGAUCGCUCUCAUUGCGAGUAAAUCUAGAGUCGCCCCUCUAAAAUCGGUUAGCAUUCCACGCCUCGAGCUUCAGGCAGCUUUACUCGGUGUAAGACUUGCUCAAACAAUCUGCAGUGAGCACCGCGGCCAGGCUUCUCGUAGGGUUUUUUGGUCCGACUCUAAAACAGUUUUAGCCUGGAUCAGGAGUGACUCCCGCAAAUAUAAAGCCUUUGUAAGUCAUCGGUUGGGAGAAAUCGCGGAACACACUCAAGUCAGUGAAUGGCGUUGGGUCCCUACGGCUUUUAAUGUGGCCGAUGAUGCUACUCGUCUCGUGUCGUCUUCUUUGGAAAGGUGGUGGCAUGGCCCCUCUUUUUUAAAAGAUAAGGAGGAAGCUUGGCCGCAAAUAACUCCAUCCGAACUUUCCUCUUCUGAGGUGAACUCAGAACUGCGACCUCGGGAAAAGGUCCCCGAUAUUUAUUAUGUUAUUUUGUCCGCAGAACAUUUUUCUACUUGGCAACGACUACUGCGUGUAACCGCACGGGUUAUUCAAUUCACGCGGUUAUUGAAGGACAAAGAGGCGCGUUCGGGGAGUUCUUUAUGUAGAGGUAUACGCCCGCUGCUCGCACGAGAUGUCAGAGACGCAGAAGAGUUUCUGCUCAAGCAGACUCAGCGAGACGCCUUCACGGAAGAACUUGCUUGCAUUAAAUCGGGAAAGUUUGUUUCUAAGAAAAGCCGCUUACACAAGAUUGGCCCCCGGCUGGAUGAUGUUGGAUUUCUCAGAGCUUAUGGCAGGAUUAGUGCAGUCACUGAAGUCUCAUCAGAAGUUACCAAGCCAAUAAUAUUAGAUGGUCGACACCCAACGGUACGCCUUUUAAUUUCUGACUAUCACAUCAAAGCUUUGCAUGGCAACAACGAGACUGUGGUUAACAAUUUACGCCAGAAGUAUGCCAUCCUUCACCUGCGGCCCACUGUUCGAUUUGUCGCUUCUAGGUGUCAGUUCUGCCGUAUCAAGAGGGCUCAACCUGUGCUUCCGCCCACCGGCGAUCUACCUUCAGAGAGGCUUCAGCACCAUCGCCCGCCGUUCUCGUUCGUUGGACUUGAUUAUCUCGGUCCGCUCGAAGUAACGGUGAAGAGGUCCCGAGAAAAGCGUUAUGUGGCGUUGUUCACGUGUCUGGUGACAAGGGCGAUUCACCUCGAAGUGGUGGGAAGUUUAACUGCAGACAGCGCUAUAAUGGCUCUUCGAAGAUUUAUUGCUCGCCGUGGAUGCCCCGUCAAGAUCCUGUCGGACAAUGGGACGGCCUUUGUUGGUGCAAACCGUAUUUUGAGAGAAGCUUGGGCCGCAGUUGACCACUCUCACGUUAUGAACUUUGCUGCGUCUCACAACAUCGAGUGGCAGUUUAUUCCUCCUUCAGCUCCGUCAAUGGGAGGGGCCUGGGAGCGUUUAGUGAGAAGCGUGAAAAGAGGCCUUUCGGUUGUUCUGCGAGAAAAGGCUCCCAGAGAGGAGAUCCUGGUAACUCUUUUAGCUGAGAUUGAAAAUAUCGUUAACUCCAGGCCUCUGACCCACGUACCGGUCGCCAAUGAAGAUGAGCCAGCCCUGACGCCGAACCACUUCCUGUUGAGGUCGUUUGCCUCUUUGCCCACUCCGGAGUCUUCAAAUGACGAUCUGAUCAGCAGGCAAGCGUGGAAGAAGGCUAUUCGUCUCGCUGAUGAGUUUUGGGCGCGCUGGGUAAAGGAAUACCUGCCCAAUCUUUUGCCGCGAGGUCCAUCUAACGCCUUUUCUAAUUUACACGUCGGGGAUUUGGUGAUGAUUUGUGACGGAAAUUUGCCCCGCGGGGUUUGGCCUCGCGGCAGGGUUGUGCGGGUGUUCCCUGGCAAAGACGGCGUCGUGCGAGUAGCGGAAGUAAGGACCAGCGCAGGGGUCCUUAGGCGACCUGCGCGCAAACUGGCUAAGCUGGAUUUGACGCCAUAG